UGUUAAUAACAGCGUUUACUAGCUCUGAAAAUUAUCAUUUUUAUUUUAUAAAAAAUUUUCCCUAUUUUUAUUUUCAUUUUUUCCCCCUUUACCUUCGCUUUCGAAAUCGGCGUUUAUCGGAAGCUCCUAUUCAAUAUCUCAUCGCCGCCGUCACCGCCGCCACUAACACCGCCGAGUCGGACCCACUUCGGAUCUUCCGUGCACUUAGCUCAGCUCAAUUUUGCUCGAUCUCCCAAGUACACGUGGCGAUCUAGAUCUUCUUCGACACCCCAUUAUAAGUUCCAAUCUCAACCUGUUGUCAGGCAUGGAAACAAGGUUAUACAUGAUAUUGGAGACGAUGCUGGGUUGGUCAUAGUUUCUGUUUGAGAGUUCAGCUGUGAAGUGGUUUGAUUCCUAGAUGGAAGCAGGGAAAGAGGAGGCACUCAAAGCAAUAGAGAUUGCUGAGAAGCGAUUUGCUCAGAGAGACUUUGCAGGCGCAAAAAACUAUGCCAUAAAAGCUAAGACACUAUGUCCUGGAUUGGAGGGUAUAUCUCAAAUGGUGACCACAUUUGAGGUUUACAUUGCUUCUGAGAUUAAACACAAUGGUGAACUAGAUUAUUAUUCGAUUCUUGGAUUGAAACCGUCUGCUGAUAAAGAGGCUGUCAAGAGACAGUACAAGAAGAUGGCUGUGUUGCUUCAUCCUGAUAAGAACAAAUGUGUGGGAGCUGAUGGGGCAUUUAAGCUUGUUUCCGAGGCGUGGACUUGGCUGUCAGAUAGUGCUUUGCGCAGUACAUAUGACCUCAAGAGAAAUGGACAGAUGGGUGGGAUUACUCAGACAAAUUUGUCUUCUCCCCAUGCUACAGGUUAUAGCAAAAGUUCCAAUUUGCCGAGUUCUCAUGGUAGGCAUGACACCUUUUGGACAAUUUGCACCUCUUGUAAAGUUCAGUAUGAGUAUCUGCGCAAGUAUGUGAAUAAAAAACUUUCGUGUAAGAACUGUCGUGGCACUUUUGUUGCUGUUGAAACUGGGGCUGCCCCAGCAAAUGGUUCAUUUCCAUAUUGUCCUUGGUCCUAUGUGCCAGGAAAUGGGUAUGGAAGUCAUUCCUAUGAUGGAGUUACGUAUGUCCCAACCACUGCAGCGACCUAUUUCAACGGCAAUGGGGUCGCAGGAUACCAUUCUGGCCAUGGGUAUGAAUAUGUUUCAAAUGUUUCAUUUCAGUGGGGCUCUUCUGGACAUGCGAAUCAAAAUGGACCAACAACCUUACCUACUGAUUCUGUUUAUCAAACCAAUGGAAGUGUGAAGAGGGGAAGACCAAAAAUCAAAUCAGUUGAUAAGAUGCAUCGUGUGGCUGAGACUGCGAUCAACGCAAAUUCAGAUGUGUCGUUUGUUUAUAAUGAACAACAGGAUCUUAAGAUGAGUAGACCAGACAAGAAAAGGAAAGUAGUUGCGGCAGCCAAUUUUAAAAAUGGCUAUGUUGAAAUGGGGUCAAAAUGUGCUUCUGAAUCAAUUUUGGCUAAUGGCAAUGAAAGCCUUGGACAAGGCCAGAAGGUUUCAUGUGGAAGUGAAGUUCAAACCAAGCAGUGUUCCAUGGCACCAGCUUUUGAUGCGAGAAAAUUAUUGAUUGAGAAGGCCAGGACUGAAAUUAGAAAGAAACUGGAAGAGAUGAAGUUGGCUUCCGAAAUUGCUGCUGCAGCAGCUGUCAGUGCAAGAGAAAAAUCUCAAGCUGAAGAUGGUCAAGUAAAAAGGGAGACAUGUAGAAGAACAGUUCUGAGUGCUUCUGGGCAUCAAGUAGAGCGCAAGAAAAUUGGUCCAGCCGCUAUAACUGUCCCAGAUUCUGACUUCCAUGACUUCGAUAAAGAUAGGUCAGAGGAAUGCUUCAAGCCAAAGCAAAUAUGGGCCUUGUAUGAUGAGGAGGAUGGAAUGCCACGAUUAUAUUGCCUGAUCCGUGAGAUUAUCUCAGUUGAUCCAUUCAAGAUUCACAUUAGUUACUUAAGUUCCAAAACUGAUAGUGAGUUUGGCUCGGUAAACUGGCUUGAUUCGGGUUUUACCAAAUCUUGUGGAAAUUUCAGGGCAUGGAAUUCUGAUGUUGUUGACCAAGUUAACAUCUUCUCCCAUCUUUUGAGUAAGGAGAAGGCUGGUCGAGGUGGUUGUGUACGCCUAUAUCCCAGAAGUGGAGAUGUUUGGGCUGUUUAUCGAAAUUGGUCACCAGAGUGGAACAGAUCUACUCCAGAUGAAGUGAGGCAUCAGUAUGAAAUGGUGGAAGUGCUGGAUGAUUACUCUGAGGAACUUGGUGUUUGCGUUUCGCCCCUUAUCAAGCUGACCGGAUAUAAAACUGUUUAUCAAAGGAAUACAGAUAAAAGUGCCAUUAGAUGGAUACCAAGGAGAGAAAUGUUGCGCUUUUCGCACCAAGUGCCAUCAUGGUUGCUGAAGGGGGAGGCAGAAAAUUUGCCUGAAAAGUGUUGGGAUCUUGAUCCGGCAGCGACUCCGGAUGAGCUUCUUCAUGCAGCAGCUGCAGAAGCUGAUGCUCUUUAGGGCAUUGGGGAGUAAUAUUUGGGGGGUUGCACUUUAGCAUACUAAGUUCUCAAUAUUUUAGAUUUAACUGUUACACUGUGUCCCACUUGGUCAGAUACCAAUGAGGCAUUAACCACGGGUCUUUUUAGAGGAUGAAAUUUUUAUUUUGUAACAUUAAUCUCUAUUUCUAGACACCGAGAUGUAGUAGUAGUGAUUGCUUGUUGGGUUAAGUUUCUUGUUGCCAUAGGAAGUGUAACUCUUUGUUAAGAGGCUCAGGGCAGAUUUGUCAUUUGAUGAUAGCUCUGCCUACUUUGUAACUCUACUUCUGGCCACUAUUUACUGGCAAAGAAUUCAUUCAAUGAAAUGAAGGCUGAAAUCAAAUUUAAAUGCAACUUGCAACUUCUUGAGAGACAAUGUUAUUGAGGGGAAAAAAUUGAGGAGGUAGAGAAUUUCUGUGUUGUAACCCUCUUGACAGAACUGAAGGUGAAUUCAAUGGUCAAGUUAUGAAUUCUUUUGUCUUUA